UCAACUCUGACGCGCUCUGCGAACACACAUAGCUCCGUUUAUCAUAAAGGAACUGGCUCACCUUUACAGCUAAACCGAUGGAAUUAUAACUAUGGAAUACCACUGGAUACUGCUGUCUGUCUUUCUACAGUUAACCUUCCGUCCAGGAGACUCAAAGCCCACCAUCACCCCCGCUGACCCCCACAUCGUUGUCGUGCUCAACAGACCCUUCGAGCUGCACUGUCAGGGCGAGAAGGCGAUGCAGUGGCAGCGGGAGGACCGGCCAAGGGUGCGGGGGGAGAAGAAGAUCGACGGGAUGUCCACCCUGCACGUCUCCAGGGCUCAGCCCGUUCACAUGGGGCGCUACAUCUGCCUGGAGGAGAGCUCGGGGGAGCAGGCAUCCAUCUACGUCUAUGUGAAAGAUCCUGACAAUCCUUUCAGAAAAUCAAUGGUGCACAACAUUCUUGCUCGUGUGGGAGACGCUGCUUCCAUCCCCUGCCUGGCAACUGAUCCAAGUCUGGACAACCUGCGCCUGGAAUCGUGUAACAGCACAGCUCUGGCCUCUGGUCUCCAGUUCUCUGCAAGCCCAGAGCAAGGCAUCAUCAUCCACAACACGCAGCAGGCCUACGAAGGCUGCUAUGUGUGCACGGGGAUGCUCGGGAAAAAGCUGGUCAGGUCACAUAACUAUGACCUGACUGUGAAACCAGUCCCCAUGGCUCCUCCUGUGAUCGAGCUGCUUGCGUCAAAGAGAGUCAUCCUCACGCAGGGGGAGACUCUUUCCCUCACCUGCAACACCACAAAUGUCAACGGAGAGAUCAAGCUGGAGUGGCUCACCCCGCCCGGCUCGGGUGCCGUCUGGUAUCCACAGCAACCAGCAAAGGUUGACAGUGCGUCACGAAUCACGUCGGAGCACUUCACGCACGUGCGCAGCUCCACCUUGCACAUCGCAGCGGUCAAAGCCCAGGACGUCGGGAGGUACCGAUGUGAAGCGGAGAACGAGAAGGGGGUCAGCACGCAGUCACUGUGGCUCGAUGUUAACGAGAAAGGAUUCAUCAACUUAGCGCCCACAGAAAACAGAACCAUCCAGGUGCGUUCAGGCGAGAGUUUGUCCCUGAACGUCGACUUGGAGGCUUACCCCAAGCCACACACUUUCUCUUGGAGCUUCAUGGGUCAGGAGCUGCAGAACACGAGCGACCAUGUCAUCACCACACACAGCUACGAGUACAGGUACAGCAGUGAGUUGAGGCUGGUGCGACUGAAAAUGUCCGAAGGUGGAGUCUACACCUUUAAAGCCUCGAACCGUGACGCAUCAGUUAACCAAACCUCCACCAUCUUUGUGAUCAGUAAACCUGAAAUCGUGUCACAUGACGGCCCCGUGGAUGGACAGGUACGCUGCGUGGCUGAGGGGUUCCCCGCCCCGCAGAUCACCUGGUACUACUGCGAGCAGCCUUAUGUCAGGUGCUCUCAACAGCUGAAUGCCACCCAGGAGGAGCACGUCAUCACCGUCACCCUGUUCAGUCCCAGGUUUGGGAAGACGGAGGUGGAGAGCAGGGUGAACAUCAGCAGGGGACGGUUCAACACUCUGGAAUGUGUGGCUACGGUGGACGGGGAGCAGGCGUACACACUCUUCUCCAUCAGCGAGAGAAUCGUUCCCCAUGAUCUGUUCACCCCUCUGCUAAUUGGCUCCGUGUCAGCAGCAUGCAUCCUCUGCCUUGUCCUUAUCAUGCUGUUCUACAAGUACAUGCAGAAACCCAAAUACCAGAUCCAGUGGAAAGUUAUCGAGGGCAUCCAUGGAAACAACUAUGUGUAUAUUGACCCCACCCAGCUACCGUAUGAUCACCAGUGGGAGUUUCCUCGAAACAACUUGCGUUUUGGGAAGACGCUGGGAUCUGGUGCUUUCGGGAAGGUGGUGGAGGCGACUGCAUAUGGCCUCUCCAAAGCAGAUUCAGUCAUGACGGUGGCUGUGAAGAUGCUCAAAUCGAGCGCUCACGCCACAGAGAAGGAGGCGCUGAUGUCAGAGCUCAAAGUCCUCAGUUAUUUGGGAAACCACAUGAACAUCGUCAACCUGCUGGGGGCGUGCACGGUUGGAGGACCGACGUUGGUGAUCACAGAGUACUGCUGUUUUGGAGACCUCCUCAACUUUCUGCGGCGAAAAAGGGAAUCCUUCAUUUGCCAUAAGAUGGAGGAAGACUACUACUACCGCAACGUCAUGCCGCCGAGAGAAACAGCUGGUGACAGCUUGAAUGGCUACAUGACCAUGAGGCCUUCUGCUACUGGCAACAUGCCGUCCGGCCUCUCCGAGAAGAGACGCUCACUAUACAAAGGUGGCUCCUAUGUUGAAGCAGAUGCAGAGAAUGAGCUCUUCGACGAGGACGGUCUGUCUCUGGAUACUGAAGACCUUCUCAGCUUCUCGUACCAAGUGGCCAAAGGCAUGGAGUUCUUAGCAGCCAAAAAUUGUAUCCACAGAGACCUGGCGGCCAGAAAUAUCCUGCUGACUCAGGGACGAGUGGCCAAGAUCUGUGACUUCGGCCUGGCACGGGACAUCACCACAGACUCCAACUACGUCGUCAAAGGCAACGCUCGUUUGCCGGUGAAAUGGAUGUCUCCGGAGAGCAUCUUUGAGUGCGUGUACACGUUUGAGAGUGACGUGUGGUCCUACGGGAUCCUGCUUUGGGAAAUCUUCUCCCUGGGAAACAGUCCUUACCCCCGCAUGCCUGUGGACGCCAAGUUCUACAAGCUGAUAAAAGAAGAAUACAGAAUGGAUGCUCCAGAGUUUGCACCCAGUGAAAUGUAUCAGAUUAUGCGCUCCUGCUGGGAUGCUGACCCCUUCAACAGACCCCCCUUCAGGAAGGUCGUGGAGAGGAUCGAACAGCAGCUGUCAGACACCACAAAGCAUAUUUAUCUGAACUUCAGCUCCAAGAUCCCUGCGACACCCAGAGCCAGGGAGGAGCCCGGUCCACAGAGCUCGACUUCCCACUGUCCAAACUCAUCCGGCAGUAGCGGCACAGUGGCCCAGCCCUUACUGGUCCAGCACGAGGUCUUCCUGGAGGGCACAACCUUCAGAGCCCAACGGGUGUGAGGACCGACCUGUCUGGCUGACUCAUAAAGUGCCUGUGAUGUUCAACCACAACCCAACCACUACACCCGGCCACCGCCCCGGUGCCAGCAGCCUCUGUAGGAACAUGCUGCAGACAGGAUGGUAAUUGCUAUCUACACGCAGAUGGGACAACAAAGGACCGAUGGCUUUUGUUGUUGUUAUCCUCCUACUGAUUACUGGAGGGACGGUUGGACAAUUGCUGCCCCGCUCAUAGCAAAGGACGGUUCAGGAUACAGAGGAUGAGGAAGGACAGGAACUGUUACUCUGCAGUUGACAUGGAGGACAUUUUUACACGGUUACCCGUCACAUUACGUCCUGUUCCUCCCAAACAUUUCAGAAAGGUUGUGUUUUUAGCCGUAAACUACUUGCUAUCUACUGGACUGUUUUGGUUUGUUUGUUAUUUUCUGUCGUGGAUAUUUAUGUAGCGUUUUAUUGUGGUUGGCCGUUGCAUUUUUAAGAGGAAAAAAUAAGCACUCAAGGCACUUGAACUUAACAUCAAACACCACAUAAAGCAGCUUCAGUUUAUUUUUGUACUCUGUUAUCGUCAGUAUUAUUACCAACCACCAUGUAAAUGAAGGAGAUACUUUUCUGGGGGCCAAUUUAAAUGUAGAUAUGGAGACACUGGUAAAUAAGCUAUUAGAGAGCAUGAGAGGUCAUGCUUACGGUGUGCUCGGACUAAAAGCAGGGAGAAUAUAAUAACAAAGUGUAUGCUGAGUCCCAAAUUUGCCCCUCAGGACCAUAGACUGUAUAUACUUUGGAUGCAGUGUCCAUGAAGUCAUCCAUCUGUUCCUGAGCACUGUUUUGAAGCCAGUCAGCGGCGGCAGCUAUAUAGGAAAUGCUGAAAGAGUGUGACGUAAAGAGGCGGGGUUUGAGCCUCCUAGCCAACAGCUAUGUGUUCCCGCCUGUCUAUCAAGUCAGUCAUUUCCUUAUUUGGGCAACAACUUGUAAUCUUAACAUUUUCUGAACUGUCGCGUUAGAAAAAAAUUCACCCCCCUUCCAAUUUGGGCCGAUAGAGAAAUUAGUGAUGUAGACUGAAGAAAUUUUUGAACCAGGCUGUAAACAUGUUUAUUUCUGCUGCAAAGAUUGUCUUCUUUGAAUGGGUGUGUAUGUGGUUUCCGGUGUUUCUGCAGCCAGCCUCAAGUCUAUUCUCGAUGAAGUGCAGCUUAUAACACUUCCACAUGGGCUUCAUAUUUUGAGACCGGAGGUUCCCGCUUGCUCGGGACUCACCUCUUUGGUGUCAUGAUAUCAAAAGUCAAUCAGCAUUGAGAUUUUCCAACAUAGCAUCAAAAAAGGUAGCACCAAACCUCAUUCAAAAAAGAUAAACUUUAAAGGUUGUUCACUUGUCGUCCGGCAGACGGAUCUGACAAAGCUUCAGUUUUUACUUACUACAGUUUACAUUGAAAUAUUGUUAAGUCGGCAUACUUUCAACCUCUUUAUUGCAAAUAUGCUUGCAGCUGGGUCAGACUUAAGUACCAGAAGGCGUCGGUUAAGCUAGUACAGAAACAAGUCCUGGAAAAGGCGUUGAAAUUAAACUCCAGGAGAGUAGAAGAAUCUGCAUCAUUUCUUGGAAGUGCAAACAUUUGCUGCUUGUGUUUAACAAAUGCAAAUAACCACAUUAGGUCUUAUAAACAACCUUGUCCAGCUAACGUACGGCAAAAGAAGUCCUCAACCUUUGGUCCGAGCACACCUUUAGAGUCCGUGAGUGCUUUGAGUCUAUUAGGAGAGUUCUGCUCUUUUAGCGUUCGAUGUCUGAACCUGUAGAGUAAUGAGAUGUUUUUCUAGAUCUGUUCACAAACCAUGGGAAAUGUUGUCGCUAAGGUACGCUGUUGACUGUAAAUGUGUACAUAUCUGUGUGCAGUGAUGUUUGUCAUUGCUGUAAGGCGAGGGGGGAAGAGUCACACUCGACAAAGACUCUAAGAAGCCGUGACUCUCGGCUUUGCUCUCGGUUCAUUAGCGCGUUCUGCGGGUGUAUAGUUUCACUUCGUGACAGCUGCACUGCUGGAGAGGUCUCGUGUAAAGGUGUAAAUAACUGUUCAGGUUUUAUGGGGUCGCUCUCCUGCCACGUCUGGUUUAUGAUCUUUGUUUACAAGCAGGAGACAGGUACUGCCAUUUCUGAGAUCUGCUUUUCACCUUCUUCCUCUUCAUGAAGAAUCAGGAAACAGGAACUUUCUAUUGCGGCUCACAGAUGGCUGUGAGAGCUGCAGUGCGGUUCUCUGUUGUACAGGGUGUUUGAUGGAUGGAUAGAAGCGCCAUUGAAGUCCCGCUCCAGCCAGUGUUUCUAAAGAUUUACACUCUAGCACUCAGGAACUAUGAAAGAAGUGAGGUCAGAGGGUUUUGAGAUUACCAUGGUGAAUCUCCUGUCAGGUUUUGAUCUUUCUCCCUCCAAAUCCUCUCUUUCAUCAUCUUCCCUGGAGUCAGAGUUGUUGUUAAUCAUGUUGCUGUACUCUUUGGUGUCAAACUGACCAGUUAAAAAUAUUACCAUUAAAUCAAUGCUUCACACUCCACGACCAUGCACGAAUCAAGCUGAGGAGCAAACAUUCAAAGCAAGUUCAGCGAGUUCCCCCAUCGAGAUCUGAGAAUAUACGCCUAACGUGAGCUUUUUGUUCAGUAUUGUGAUGAUAUAACAUGCAAUAAAAUAAAAAAGAUCACCUCAAAGGCAUGUAGGGUUGAGCAUUUAGUUUUUAUGUCCAACUCCUUUUCUUCAUAUUUUACAAAUUACCUGAUUUAGCAACAUCUUCCUUCUGAACCCAAAAUAGACCCAAAAACUGUGUUUUUAUCUCCAAACUGGCUCCAAUUAAUCUGAGAAUAGUUUGUUGAGCUUCAUUUAACUGCAUAAAAUUAACCUGACAGCCUUUGGUGUCAAAAAAUGAGCCAAUGUGUGAAAAAAAAAAAAGAAGUGCAGUACCUCCAGUGUCCACUAGAGGCUAACUCCAAAAGCGAAGGAAUCCCCAUUAACACCAAUGUUAAAAAGUCUGUUUUUACAGCUAAAUUAAACAUGUUUGGAGAAUGGUACAGAAACGGUUUCACUCAGAUUAGCAUGUUUCUUUGUUCCUUCACACUUUACAGACGUUAAACUCACUUUUUUUGAUUAUUAAAAAAUCAAGAGUUAUGUAUAGUUUGCAUAAAAAAGGGGUGUUGUGUCGACAGGUUGGUUUGAUUUAGCUGAGCUUCACCACUUUGCCUCUUAUUAGAUUGUAAGUUAGGUUGAGUAGGCAUUUCCAAUAUGGUGACCACCAUUGUUGGUCUUCAUAGCCCUAUGUCCCUAUGGUGGUAGCAUGACAUUAUACCAAGGCCUCCAUCAAACAGGGAAAAUGUGCACAUUCUGAGUGACAAGGUAUUGAUUUUGUUGAUUAAAUUUGUCUUAAUCAUAGCUAUAAAUUCAGAAUUUUCUGUUGUGUCUCUUAUGACUGCUCAUGUUCUCGUAAAAAGGAAACUGUCAGACAAAGAAGCCAGAGGACAGUGAAACACAGCUGUGAUACAUUUAUAAAGUUAUGCUUUUGUCUGGUCAGGUUUGAUUUAUGCGCCUUGCAGUACAGACUCUGAGUGAUAUAAAAAGGUCACAAGAGAAAGCUGAAACACUGGAGUGGGACUUUGAGAGGAAAGCAUAGGCUCUCUAUAACUCUGGCUCAUACUGACAGCGGCACGGCCAUUGUUCUCGGACCAGCCGCUGCUUUCCCAGCUCUCCCUCCAGCUGCUUCCUCUGUCAGAUGUGGGACUUUCAGCAACUCUCAGCCAGUAGUAGUCUGUGCCGGUCCGGACCAUUAUCAGAUCCCUCUCUUCCCACUGCUGGAUGUUGUGAGAAGCACCAGGAAAGUGUCCUGUCAGUGUGUGUGUGUGUGUCUUUGUGUGCAUGUCUGUGUGAUUGCUAAAGAUUUACUGUCAAAGAGGUGCCACUACUACAGACUCAUGUGUUCCCGGCUCCUCAAACCCCACCGUCUUACUGAUCACUGUGUUUUUGUACAUAUGUUGUAAAGUAAUGUUGAUGCUUUUGAAGGUACAUUGAUGCAGAAUUUGAUUGUGCUGUAUUUUUAUUUUGUGUUCAAAUGUUUCAAACUGGAGGAGCUGCUCGUGUCUCUUUGUGGAAACAGACUUUUUUAGUUUGUCGCGUUUUGCUUCCGGCUGAUUUGUCCAUUACAACCUGUUUGGAGAUCACUUGGUGAUCAACACUGCCCCCAAACUUCCAUCCUAAUCAUGGAAACUAAUAAAAAUUAAAUAAAGAUCUCAACACUAGAUCGUACAACCAUUUAGGAAAGGUUUCAGAGUACUGGAUUAUCUUCUGUUUCCUGCAUUCUGCGGCGUAUUUAUUAAAACUGAGGCUUGAGUGUGUCUGUGUAUAUUUGAUGUGUUACUCAUACUUGUGUCAAUGUAAAUAAAAUUGUGUAUAUUGA